AUGAUCCUCUAUCGAAACAAUGACGAUCUCAUGUGCAAGAUAUUCGCCACCACUCUCCAAGGUGAGGCACAAGAUUGGUUCUACGCCCUGCCGCCACAAUCUAUCCGGAGUUUCGACGAACUUUCUUUGGUUUUCACCAAAGAAUAUUCAUCCUAUUGCUCGAUCAAAAAGAAGUCCGACCAUUUGUUUAAAGUCAAGAAAAACCCAAAAGAGUCGCUUCGUGCUUAUGUGAAGAGGUUCAAAGAAGAGAAGGCAAGGAUAGUCGGAUGCAACAACUCGAUAGCUAAAGCAGCCUUCCAAAAAGGACUUCCAGCAGACCACUCGUUGUUCGAAAAAUUGAUCAUGAAAGAAGAUCUAACUCUAGUAAACUUUUUCACUUUGGUAGAGAAGCAUGCACUUUAG